AUCUCUUCAAACGUGGUUUGCUCAAGUCCGGUAAGCGCGCCGCCGAGGGAAGAGAGAAAGAGAGGGAUUGAUUCAGCGAGAAUGGCGAUCAGGAAGCUUCUGCUUCUAUUGAAACCGAUUGAUCCGUACCCAUUUCUUCAAACCGAAGGUUCAUCGCUCAUCAAAAAUCCCCAGGUUCUUAAAUAUCUGGAAAGCAGGUGCAAAGUACACAGGAAUGCUAUUAAUUUCUGUCAGGAAAUACUAAGUAAGAAGCCUGUCGAGUGGAAACCCAUUUCACGUAACGACUUAUCCCAUCCCAUUCGUGAUGUGGAUAUGGUCAUCACUGUGGGUGGAGACGGUACCCUCUUGCAUGCCAGUCAUUUCAUCGAUGAUUCUGUUCCGGUUCUAGGAGUCAAUUCUGACCCGACACAAGCUCAGGAGGUUGAAGAACUGAGCGAUCAGUUUGACGCUAGUAGAAGUACUGGUCAUCUUUGUGCUGCAACCGUUAAUAAUUUUGAACAGGUGCUGGAUGACAUUUUGUUUGGCAGAGUGGUUCCUUCUAAAGUUUCCAGAAUAUCAUUGAAGUUAAAUUCAGAACUUCUUCUUUCACAUGCACUUAAUGACAUUUUGAUCGCACACCCAUGCCCUGCGGCGGUUUCUAGGUUCUCAUUCAAGAUUAAGAACAAAAACGGUGAGAGCAGUCCAAAGACAGUGAACUGCCGCUCAAGCGGUCUAAGAAUCUGCACAGCUGCUGGCUCAACUGCCGCAAUGCAGUCAGCAGGUGGGUUCGUGAUGCCAAUGUUGUCUCGUGAUCUACAGUUCAUGGUUAGAGAGCCAAUCUCUCCUGGUUCAACUGCUUCUUUAAUGCAUUCUGCCUUCAAACCGGACCAAUUCAUGGACGUUAACUGGUAUUCAGACCAUGGGACUAUAUACAUCGACGGUUGUCAGGUUCAACACAGCGUGCAGCUGGGAGAUACAAUCGAGAUAUCAUCGGAUGCGCCGGUCUUAAACGUUUACUUGUCUCACGGCAUUUCUCAGAUCAAAUCAAGAUCUCAGAUUUUGUGUUUUCUGGAUGAGUUGGAGGAGAUAAAGAAAAGAUCAGAGAGGAUGAAGAUUCAGUGCAACGUUUGUGAGGCGGCGGAAGCGACGGUGCUAUGUUGCGCCGACGAGGCUGCUCUGUGUUGGGCUUGCGAUGAGAAAGUUCACGCUGCUAAUAAACUCGCCGGAAAACAUCAGAGAGUCCCUCUCUCUGUCUCUUCCUCUUCCAUACCCAAAUGCGACAUUUGUCAGGAAGCAUCUGGAUUCUUCUUCUGUCUGCAAGAUAGAGCUUUACUUUGUAGGAAAUGUGAUGUUGCAAUCCACACUGUUAAUCCUCAUGUUUCAGCUCACCAGAGAUUUCUUCUGACUGGAAUCAAAGUUGGUCUUGAAUCUAUAGACACUGGUCCUUCUACAAAAUCCUCACCAACCAAUGAUGAUAAAACCAUGGAGACAAAACAUUUUGUUCAAUCUAUACCUGAGCCUCAAAAGAUGGGCUUUGAUCAUCAUCAUCAGCAGCAGCAGCAGCAAGGAGUUUUACCGGAAACUAAAGUCAGUGAUCACACAUCUACAAAGCUUCCUUUCGCUAGCAGCGGAUCAACUACUGGAAGCAUUCCUCAGUGGCAAAUAGAGGAGAUAUUCGGGCUAACCGACUUUGAUCAGAGCUAUGAAUACAUGGAGAAUAAUGGAUCAUCUAAGGCGGAUACUUGUAGACGAGGAGAUUCAGACAGUUCUUCGAUGAUGAGAUCUACGGAAGAAGAUGGAGAAGAUAACAAUAACUGCUUGGGAGGCGAGACAUCAUGGGCGGUUCCACAGAUUCAGUCUCCACCUACAGCGUCUGGUCUAAACUGGCCUAAGCAUUUUCACCACCACUCAGUGUUUGUUCCGGACAUAUCUUCUUCAACUCCUUAUACCGGUUCAUCCCCGAGCCAAAGGGUUGGGAAACGGCGGCGACGGUUCUAACAUUUGCAACUAUCUUUUGGCCGUUUGAGAAAAGAGAUGGGCAGCUUUUCUCAGUAGAUGUAAGAUCACAUUAAUGAUUUGGAAACUUGUACUGUAGUGAUCUGUGAGAGUCCAUGUUCUUUGUUAGCUGAAAAAACAAAGAAGAGGUCGUUUC